AUGGAUGAAUCAGUUCGAAAUUUGGCACUGCUGGAGAAGCAACGGCAAGCUGUGCGCCUGAAAAAAAUCGCUUUUUUUGGAGUUACCAUUAGUACUGCUGCGACAAUAUGCAGUGUGAUUGUAAUACCUCUCCUGUACUACUAUAUUCAAGUGAUACAAACAACACUUACCGAUGAGGUUGAAUUUUGCCGGCAGCGCUCUGGCAGAAUGUGGCAGGAAUUUAUUUUCACUGAAGAGACACUCGGUCUAAGACAACGACGCUUUCGGCGUGGUCGACGUCAAACAAGUCCAGAGUACUACGUAGCAACCGCAAAAGAGGAACUGGCAACAGCAAGUCUUUCCUAUGAUCAGCCUGAUUUUCUGCCUGCAUCGCCGGGUGUGCAUCCUCCAGCUCCAGAGCCUGAAUGCUGCAGUUGCGGAAUUGGCGAAGCUGGACCAGUAGGCCGACCCGGAAUCCCCGGGGAUCCAGGCUACGAUGGUGCGCCAGGUGAGGAUGGCCGCCCAGGUCCAGAUGCGAUGGAGGGAGUAGAUUAUCGGCUACAGGAAUGGUGUUUCGAUUGCCCACCCGCACCAACCGGACCUCCCGGUCCUGCGGGACCCAAAGGUGCCGUUGGUUCGCCUGGUUCGGAAGGCUCCGCUGGAAAAGAUGGGGCUGAUGGACUGCCCGGACCGGCUGGUCCAGCUGGAAGACCUGGAGUCCGGGGCAGCCCCGGCGUGAAGGGACGAAAAGGCGCACCCGGUGAAGUCCACGACAUGCCUGGCAGGAAGGGAAUGCCUGGACAACGUGGUGCACCAGUUGUUUUUAAUCCAAAUGGUUCAAUUAUCAGGGCAAUCCAGGAAAAGCCGGGACGCCCGGUCGGCCAGGAGCACCAGGAAUUAAUGGCUCGAGCGGACAAAGGGUAA